CAAAACCAAAAAUGGGUCUGUGCCUUUUUUAAAAUUUUCAAUUCAAGGUUCCAUCUUUUCUUGUUGGUUUGUGAGAGAGAGAAAGAGAGAGAGAGAUGAAGCUGCACAUGCACGAUCAACGUGCUCCUCCCCAGUUGGUUGCAAUUUUAAACACAUAAAAAUAUGAAGUGAAGCUUGAGAGACAGAGCUAAUUAAGCAGGCAACAAAACACCUUCAUCAUUCUUGGGCUUGAGUCAGGGAGGAUCGCCCGAAUCGAUGAUUCGCUGGGAUUUCCCAUUAAUUGCUGCCGGCGCAUGAAUGUGCUCGGUCAAUGAUAGCCUCCUUUAUCAGAUCAGAGUGUGAGUGAGAGGGUGCUCUUGCUUUGCUCUUGCUUUUACUUAACGAUCAGCAAGAUGCGGCAUUUCUCAUUCUUGAAAGUUCGCGUCUUCAACUCUGCUGCUGGAGCGAGAGCUGCCGGGAUUGCCGAAUCCUUCUGUUCCGCUCCGUCUUGGUGAGCUGAAUCAACUACCCAUCAUGCCAAACGGUUAGAUCCGGCGAAUUCGUCAUCGGGAUUUCGAGCAUGAGAAGCCUCGGUCAACGCCCUCUCCCUCAUGCUCUCGCGCUCGUGAUCCCUUGCUUUCUCUGCAUCAUAUGCGGGGUGUCGCCGGUGACUGAGAAGGAGAUCUUGCUCCAAUUUAAGGGCAACAUCACGGCGGACCCGUACGACUUCUUGGCCACUUGGGUCCCCAGCGCUAAUGCCUGCGAUUUCGGGGGCGUUACUUGCAAUGCAGAUGGGUACGUGGAGAGGAUAGUCCUGUGGAACACCAGCCUCGCAGGUGUGUUGUCUCCUGCUCUAUCUGGUUUGACGUCAUUGAGGAUUUUGACAUUGUUUGGGAAUCGCUUCUCUGGGAACAUCCCAGAAGAGUAUGAGCUUCUUGAGUCAUUGUGGAAGAUCAAUUUCAGCUCUAAUGCUUUGUCUGGCUUAAUACCAGAGUUUCUAGGUAGCUUGCCAAAUAUUAGGUUUCUUGAUUUGUCCAAAAAUGGUUACAAUGGAGAGAUUCCAGUUGCUUUGUUCACUUAUUGUUACAAGACCCGAUUUGUUUCUCUGUCUCAUAAUACUCUUUCUGGCUCGAUACCCGAGUCAAUCGCGAACUGCUUGAAUCUUGAGGGAUUCGAUUUUUCUCACAACAAUCUUAGGGGAGGAAUUCCUUCCCAAAUUUGCAAUAUUCCGAGCUUAAAUUUCGUGUCUGUGAGUGACAAUGGUCUGACUGGGAGUGUGCAAGAGCAGAUAUCACAAUGCCAGAGUUUGAAUCAUUUGGAUCUUGGCAGCAACAACUUUACUGGGUCAGCUCCUUUCGGGGUUCUCGAGUUGAAGAACAUUUCUCACUUUAACAUAUCGCACAAUGCUUUUGAUAUGGAGAUUCCUAACAUUACAUCAUGCGGUGAAAACCUAGAGAUCUUGGAUGCCUCAGGGAACUACUUGGGCGGUGACAUAUCUUUGAGCAUUGCCAAAUGCAGCAGCUUGAGGGUUUUGGACCUGGGGUCCAACAGGUUGAGCGGUGGUGUUCCGACUGAACUUGGCAGUCUAAAGAACCUUUUAGAGAUUAGAUUGGGCAAUAAUCUGCUAGAUGGAACAAUCCCUGUGGAGAUUGGAGGCAUUGAGCCACUACAGAUCUUGGACUUGCAGAAUCUCAACCUCGUUGGUGAAAUACCCACGAGCAUAAGCAAUUGUCGAUUCCUUCUUGAGCUGGAUCUUUCUGGUAAUGCAUUGGAUGGUGAAAUCCCUCAAAAUCUAUACAACAUGACGUACCUGAAAGUUCUUGAUCUUCAUCAAAACAAAAUAGAUGGAAGCAUUCCACCAACACUGGGGAACAUCUCGAGACUCCAGAUUCUCGAUCUGUCAAAUAAUUCGCUUUCUGGAUCCAUACCCACGUCCCUUGGGAAUCUGGCAAAUUUAACACACUUCAAUGUCUCCUUCAACCACCUCUCUGGUGUCAUCCCUGCUAGCACAAUCCUCCAGGCAUUUGGUCCAUCUGCAUUUUCCAACAAUCCAGGGCUCUGCGGGGCCCCUUUGGAAACGAGUUGCUCAGUUACCCCUGCUCCACGAGAGACAAAAAAGAUAACUGCUUCAGUGAUUGUGGCUAUUGUUGCAGCUGCCGUGAUCCUUACUGGUGUCUGUGUGGUUACCGUAAUGAACAUCCGGGCUCGACAAAGAAAAACAGAUGGUGAGGUGGAAAUUGUUGAGAGCACUCCGUUAGGUUCGACUGAUUCGAAUGUGAUAAUCGGAAAGUUGGUUUUGUUUAGCAAAAGUCUGCCGUCAAAGUAUGAAGACUGGGAGGCAGGGACCAAGGCUUUGCUUGACAAGGACUGUCUGAUUGGUGGCGGCUCGAUUGGCACAGUUUAUAGGAGUGAUUUUGAAGGUGGGGUCUCUAUUGCGGUCAAGAAGCUUGAGACACUAGGGAGGAUUAGGAACCAAGAUGAAUUUGAGCAAGAAAUUGGACGCCUGGGGAAUCUGCGGCACCCUAAUUUGGUUGCUUUGCAAGGAUACUACUGGUCGUCGACGAUGCACUUAAUCUUGACCGAGUUUAUAGUCAAGGGGAAUCUGUAUGACAAUUUACACGAGUUUUCUUAUGCUGGAACGAGCACAGGCGGUGGUAACCCUGAAUUGUAUUGGUCUAGAAGGUUCGGGAUUGCCCUUGGUACAGCGAGAGCUCUAGCUUACCUUCACCAUGAUUGCCGGCCACCUAUUCUUCACCUCAACAUAAAAUCACGAAACAUAUUAUUAGACGAUAGAUACGAGGCCAAAUUGUCCGAUUAUGGUUUGGGGAAACUGCUUCCCAUUUUGGAUAAUUACGGUCUGACUAAAUCCCACAAUGCAGUUGGGUAUGUGGCGCCUGAGUUGGCUCAGAGUUUGAGGGCGAGCGAGAAAUGUGAUGUUUAUAGCUUUGGAGUGAUUCUUUUGGAGCUGGUGACGGGCCGGAAACCGGUCGAGAGACCAGUGGCAAAUGAGGUGGUCGUUCUCUGUGAAUACGUGCGACAGUUACUGGACAGAGGAACUGCCUCAGAUUGCUUCGACAGGAAUUUGAGAGGACUUGUGGAGAACGAGCUGAUACAGGUGAUGAAGUUGGGUUUAAUUUGUACAUCUGAGACUCCGAUGCGAAGGCCGAGCAUGGCUGAAGUUGUUCAGGUUCUUGAGUCUAUUAGGUCUGGACCUGAAUCCUAGUGAUGCAACUUGUCCUGACGGUGGGAUUCAUUUUGGGGGCUUUUCCGAGUACAGACAUGGUAGUGCAUAGCCUAGCCAAGAGGGUUUUUUUGUUUGUGCAGACGAAACAUGGGGUUGGGAAUUGUUUACAGAGAAUUCAAUGGAACAGAACAAGAAAAUUCUUUUGUAUUCUUUCUAGAUCAUCAGUCCGAAAAUGUUCAUUGACCCUUGUAAUUUUCUGAAAAUAAAAUCAUUCUUUCUUUUCCCA